AUGGGCACGAGGCUGGUAAUGGAGAAAACUAAUGUGAUCAUUGAUGGUUGUGGACCCAGUAAUGCGAUCAUUGAUGGUUUUGGACCCAGUAAUGUGAACAUUGAUGGUUGUAGACCCGGUAAUGUGAACAUUGAUGGUUGUGGACCCAGUUAUGUGAAUAUUGAUGGUUGUGGACCCAGUAAUGUGAACAUUGAUGGUUGUGGACCCAGUAAUGUGAUCAGACCCAGUAAUGUGAACAUUGAUGGUUGUGGACCCAGUAAUGUGAACAUUGAUGGUUGUGGACCCAGUAAUGUGAACAUUGAUGGUUGUGGACCCGGUAAUGUGAACAUUGAUGGUUGUGGACCCGGUAAUGUGAGCAUUGAUGGUUGUGGACCCGGUAAUGUGAGCAUUGAUGGUUUUGGACCCGGUAAUGUGAACAUUGAUGGUUGUGGACCCGGUAAUGUGAGCAUUGAUGGUUGUGGACCCGGUAAUGUGAACAUUGAUGGUUGUGGACCCGGUAAUGUGAGCAUUGAUGGUUGUGGACCCGGUAAUGUGAGCAUUGAUGGUUGUGGACCCGGUAAUGUGAACAUUGAUGGUUGUGGACCCGGUAAUGUGAACAUUGAUGGUUGUGGACCCGGUAAUGUGAACAUUGAUGGUUGUGGACCCGGUAAUGUGAACAUUGAUGGUUGUGGACCCGGUAAUGUGAACAUUGAUGGUUGUGGACCCGGUAAUGUGAACAUUGAUGGUUUUGGACCCAGUAAUGUGAACAUUGAUGGUUGUGGACCCGGUAAUGUGAACAUUGAUGGUUGUGGACCCAGUAAGGUGAACAUUGAUGGUUUUGGACCCGGUAAUGUGAACAUUGAUGGUUGUCGACCAAGUUAUGUGAACAUGGAUUCUUGUGGACCCAGUAAUGUGAACACUGAUGGUUGUGGAAGACCCAGUAAUGUGAACAUUGAUGGCUGUGGACCCGGUUAUGUGAACAUUGAUGGCUGUGGACCCAGUAAUGUGAACAUUGAUGGCUGUGGACCCAGUAAUGUGAACAUUGAUGGUUGUAGACCCGGUAAUGUGAACAUUGAUGGUUGUGGACCCAGUUAUGUGAACAUUGAUGGUUGUGGACCCGGUAAUGUGAACAUUGAUGGUUGUGGAACCGGUAAUGUGAACAUUGAUGGUUGUGGACCCACAAACUAUGGGAAGGGUGAUCGGUAA